UCAAAACUAAUGUUUAUCUAGAUCUACUAUAACAUGGGACUUUGGAUAAACGAUAUUAUUUCAAUCUUCUUCUUUGCAAAUAUUUUUUUUUUUUUCUGUGGUGAAAAAAAUGGCAUCUACAAGUGCUUUUACAGCUGGGAUUUCACAUCUUCAUAGCUUCAACAAACCGUGUCCUAGUGUAAAUCAAGUUGGUAUGUGGAAUUUAUCAAGAUCCGGCUGUCAAAAGGUUUUAGAUAAUCCCCGACCUCUGCAAAUAUGUUCGCUGUUUGGUGGAAAAAAGGACAAUAACGAGCAGAACAAUGAUGCUCCGUCAAAGGCAGGUCUUUUUGGAAACAUGCAAAACUUGUACGAGACGGUGAAGAAGGCACAGAAUGUGGUUCAAGUCGAGGCAGUGCGAGUACAAAAAGAGCUCGCUUUAGCAGAGUUCGAUGGUUACUGUGAAGGUGAACUAAUCAAGGUAACACUGUCUGGGAAUCAACAACCGAUACGUACCGAAAUUACUGAGGCUGCCAUGGAAUUAGGCCCAGAAAAACUCGCACUUCUGAUUACGGAGGCAUACAAGGAUGCACAUCAGAAAAGUGUACUGAGUUACCCGGCACCUAUAUUGCAUGGACUCUUCAAAAUGCUCACAGACCUGUCGGAUCCUCCAAAAACAGUGCAUUUCUAGAGUGUCUGACACGGGUGCAAUAACAUUUUAAGAGAGUCCAAGCAACAAAAGCGAGGUACUUGUGUUGGUGGAAAGUAGCUGGUAUCCCAUGAAAUUAGUUGAGGUGCCCGCAAUGUGACACAAUGAUUCUCUAUGUACACCCCAAUGUGACACGAGCCUCCGACCUAACAGUUGCACGUAGGGCACUUCACCGUCCAAGUAAUCCUCACUCAUCGUCACCUCAAACUCAUACUCUACACUCUAUUUGGUAGUAUUAGUUAGUAGUAUUUCAUGUGAUUAGGACGCCACGGGUUCAAGCCUUGGAAACAGCCUCUGGCAGAAAUGCAAGGUAAGGCUGCGUACAAUACACCCUUAUGGUAGGGCCCUUCCUCGAACCCUACGCAUAGCGUGAGCUUUAAUACACCGGACUGCCUUUUUUUAGUUAAUAGUAUUUCAUGCAGGAUCUUAUUCUCCCAUCUUUACUUGUACCUCUAUCUCUUUGUUCGCCUUGUACUUGUUACUCCGCGAUCGUUAUUUUCCAUUCUUUCAUGGUUUGAUUACUCUUCUCUUGAGUCGAGGGUCUACGAAAAACAACCUCUUUACCCAGUAAGAUUUUCUGAGUCAAGGGUCUACCAGAAACAACCUCUCCACCCGGUAAAGGUAGUUGAGAGGUAAGGUCUGUUGAGUCGAGGGUCUACUAGAAACAACCUCUCUACCCGAUAAAGGUAGUCGAGGGGUAAGGUCUACUGAGUCGAGGGUCUACCAGAAACAGCCACUCUACCCUGUAAAGGUAGUCGAGGGGUAAGGUCUGUUGUGCGGAGUGUCUAACGGGAACAACCUCUUUACCCUAUAAAGGCAGUCGAGAUAUAAGGUCUGCUGAGUCAAGGGUCUACCAGAAACAACCUUUCCGUCAAGGGGUAAGGUUAGUUGUGCCGAGGGUCUACCAGAAACAACCUCUCUACCCUGUAAAGGUAGUCGAGGGGUAAGGUCUAUUGAGUCGAGGGUCUACCAGAAACAGCCUCUCCACCCGAUAAAGGCAGUCGAGGGGUAAGGUCUGCUGAGUCAAGGGUCUACCAGAAACAUCCUCUCCACCCGAUAAAGACAGUCGAGGGGUAAGGUCUGCUGAGUCGAGGGUCUACCAGAAACAUCCUCUUCACCCGAUAAAGGCAGUCGAGGGGUAAGGUCUGCUGAGUCGAGGGUCUACCAAAAACAACCUCUCCACCCUAUAAAGGCAGUCGAGGGGGUAAGGUCUGUUGUGUCGAGGGUCUACCAGAAAUAACCUCUCCACCCUCCUCCCUGUAAAGAUAGUCGAGGGGUAAGGUCUACAUGCAUCCUACUCUUCCGAGAUCCCACUUAUGAGAUUAUAUUGAAUAUGUUGUCGUCAUUAUCAUCCUUAAUUUUUUUUCAGGCAAUGAAGGAAAGAA